UAUUAUCACCGCAUUGUAAUCUUUCUCCGAAAUGAAUCUGAUAGUAGCUGUUUUUGGUCUUUUCGCCUUAGUUGCGGCGUACCCUUCAGUAAAACACCACACAAUAACUGAUAAAAGCGCUCUCGAAAGACAAAGAGGUAUUCUCGAAUUGUUCAAACAUAUCAACCAGCCAAGCAGCCGCAAGGAACAUAUUCAAAUCUCCAAGAGCUACAAAAUCGAGGAACAUUACAACGACUAUUCCAAACCCGAAGUGGCAAAGUACUUUUACAAGAUCUAUCAAUAUGGUUUGCUCCCCAAAGGCGAAAUUUUUUCAGUCUUCUACCAGAAACAUUUGGAAGAAGCUAUUGCUCUCUUUAAACUUUUAUACUACGCUGGAGAUUAUCAUACUUUUUAUAAGACGGCAGUUUGGGCACGCCAGCAUGUCAAUGAGGGUGUUUUUUUGUACGCACUCUCUGUCGCUAUCUUUCAUCGCUCGGACACUUAUGGAAUUAUCAUCCCUCCGAUCCACGAGAUCAAUCCUUUCUACUUUUUCAGUAGCGACGUGAUUCAGCAAGCUUUUAAGUACAAACAACUUAAAGAAGACGAUCGUGGUUACACGAUUUUUUCAAACUCUUCCGGGUACUUGGACUCGCACCAGGAACACUCUUUGUCGUACUUCACCGAAGACAUCGGUCUUAGCUCUUUCUACUACUAUUACAAUCUUUACUACCCUCACUGGCUAAGCAGUGACGAUUACGAUUACAGACGUGAUCGUCGUGGUGAAACGUAUUUUUUCGUUUAUCAACAAAUCGUGUCAAAGUACUACCUGGAACGUCUAUGUAACGGCUUCGGUGAAGUUCCACACUUGGACUGGAAAGUACCUUUAGAAACUGGUUAUCACCCAAGUUUGCAGUAUCCUAACGGUGUACACUUUCCAGUAAGACCUAUCUUCUACAAUUAUGGACCUAAAUACGUCGACUACACUUUGGUCCAGGACUAUGAAAGAAGAAUCCGUGACGCCAUCGACAAAGGAUACGUCUACACACAAGGCGGCCAAAAACUUAAUUUGUAUUCCAAAGAUGGUGUGACCAUCCUUGGAAAUUUAGUCCAAUCCAACCCGGAUUCUCCCAAUCGUCACUACUACGGUCCUGUCCACGAACACGCGCGCCACCUUCUAGGCUCUUCCUACCAAAUCAUAAACAAAAAACCUAUUCCGUCUGUUUUAGAACACCUCGAAACUUCUCUUCGCGAUCCCGCGUUUUAUCAAUUUUUCAAGAAGAUCGUCUCCUUCUAUCACAAGUACAAGUCACAGCUUCCACCCUACACAGAAAAACAUUUGCUUUUCGAGGGUGUGGAAGUUAAAAAGGUUGAGUUCGACCCUCUUGUCACCUAUUUUGAUUACUUUUACGCCGACGUGACCAAUGCCGUCUACGUGACGGUUCGAGAAUACCAGGAAGACAAAAUCCAGAUUAAAAUUCGCCAAAAGCGUCUAAAUCAUGACGCUUUCGGCUACAAGGUGUUUGUUAACUCGGACAAGAAUCAAACCGCUGUGGUUAAAAUGUAUAUCGGGCCGAAAUUCGAUGAGUAUGGUCGGUUUAUUAACAUCAGCGAGAAUCGUCUCAAUUUUGUUAUCUUUGACCAUUUUAAAUAUCAGUUGAGGUCUGGUCAAAACGUCAUUGAACGGAGUUCGCAACAAACUCCUUUCUACCAAGACGAUCGUGUUGGCUAUAGGGAGUUGUACCAACAAGUUGUCGACGCUUUGGGUGGUAAAAACGAAUUUCAAGUUCGCAAUAAUGAGGCUUAUUAUGGCAUACCCAGAAGGUUUUUGUUACCCAAAGGUAGAGUCGACGGGUUUGAUUGUCAGUUCUACGUGUUUGUUAGUCCCUAUGUUCGUCCCAAGUACCACCGAGAGUACUCUGAGGAUUACUACUACCCAAAAGUUGGCUCUGGGGCUAAAUAUAUCGACGAAUACCCACUGGGUUAUCCCUUUGAUAGAACCAUCAAUUACGACCAAGUUUUUCAGAGCAUACCCAACUCGUAUUUCUACUCUGCCAAGAUUUAUCACAGAAACGCGUAACAUAACGAAAUUAUGAAAGUCAUUGUUUAUAUAAACACAGUUAUUAAUUAU